GGAGCCGGGGGUUGGGGGCUAGUUAGUGCCAGGCUACGGGCCCCGUGGGUUUAUUAUAAGGCGGAGCUCGGCGGGAGAGGUGCGGCCAGAGCAGAGCCGAGCAGAGGAAGCACGGUCGGGCCGGACUCCAGCCGGCGCCCCGUAGCCUUCGCCACACAGAAGCGCAAAGCCGGCCGGAGCCCCGCGAGCCCCGCCGUCCGGCAGCAUGAGGCGCGCGGCUCUGUGGCUCUGGGUCUGCGCGCUGGCGCUGCGCCUGCAGCCGGCCCUCGCGCAAAUAGUGGCUACGAAUGUGCCCCCUGAAGACCAGGAUGGCUCCGGGGAUGACUCUGACACCUUCUCCGGCUCAGGUGCAGGUACUUUGCAAGACAUCACCACAUCCCAGCAGACCCCCUCCACCUGGAAGGACACGUGGCUCCUGCCAGUCAUGCCUACGGCUCCAGAGUCCAGCGGCAGGGAGGCCACCGCUUUCUCCACCCCCAUCCUACCAGCUGGAGAGAGGCAUGAGGAGGGAGAGGCGGCUGUGAUCUCAGAGGCCAGACCCGACAUCACCGCCCUGGAGAAGGAGGUGAACCCUGAGCCCAGGGAGCCCACGCAGCUCCCCACCACCGAGGGGGCCUCAGUGUCUGGAGCCACCACUGCCCAGGAGGCCACCACCUCCCAGCCCCCCAGGGACAUACACCCUGGCCAAGCUGAGACCACGGCUCCUGCAGCAGCUGGCCAACCUGAUGGCCAUGCUUCCAGUGUGGAGGAUACACCUCCUUCUGCCACCGAGAGCACUGCCGAGGAGGGACCCUCCCAUCAGCUGCCAGCGGGAGAAGGCUCUGGGGAGCAGGACUUCACCUUUGACACAUCUGGAGAGAACGUGGCUGUGGCUGCAGUGGAGCCUGACGACCGGAGCGAAUCUCCUGUGGAUCAGGGGGCCUCACAGGGCCUCCUGGACAGGAAGGAGGUGCUGGGAGGGGUCAUUGCCGGAGGCCUCGUGGGGCUCAUCUUCGCUGUGUUCCUGGUGGGUUUUAUGCUAUACCGGAUGAAGAAGAAGGACGAGGGCAGCUACUCCUUGGAGGAGCCCAAGCAAGCCAAUGGUGGUGCCUACCAGAAGCCAACCAAGCAGGAGGAGUUCUAUGCCUGAGGACACUUUCCCCAUGCCCCUGCCGCUCACUCGGCCCCCACUUGCCUCUUCAAGAAGAACUGCAGGCCCUGGCCUCCCUGCCUCCAUGCUGCCCCCCUGGCACUGGGCCCUCUGGAUGGUCCUACCCCGGUGUGUGCUGGGAGCUCACUCUGCUUCUCUGAUCUCCACCUGGAGGUUUGGGCACGAGGUUUUCUCGCCUGUGACUUUUCCACAUCUAUGCCUGGCAUCACACCAUUCUGACUCAGUUUCUCCAAACUGGAGCAACCCCUCCCAGACCCAGCCGUGGUGAAAAAGGGGACCCCACUGCUUUGGACCUGGAUGGCCUGCUGUGGCUGAGGAUCCUGGGGAGGGGAACUUGCCGACCCCGUAGCACUUACUGUACAGACGGCGGGCUGGGGUGGGGGCCGCCGUGGCGGGGUGGCAUUCAGGCUCCAUCGGGAUUCACUUUCACUGUGGGGAGGCCUCAUCUAGAUGCCAACUUGUUUUUGCACAUGUCUCUGCUAGUUUCUCUGUUGGUAGGCCCCAUAGACUUCAUUACUCCCCAGGUAAGUUAAGCCAGUUGAUUUGGUAUUCCCCUACCUUGCUACCCUAAUCUACUUCCAGGAGAGCGCAUCAAGGUUAAGAAGAUGUGUUUAUGUUUUUGUUUUAACUAGGAGAACCAAAUCUGAAAGCCAAGCACAGGGUUAUUUUGUGUGUUGUCUCUGAGUUCAUCACUCAUGUACAGCAGGGUAUGGAGCAUCUGGUUGGUGGCUCCGAUUCUGCUGGCCUAUUGGCGGGCUGGCCAGUCCAGGCACUGGGGUCUGGGGCAGCCACCUCUUGAGCAAUCCUGCUUGUGUCCAUGAACUCAAGGCCACAGAGUGGGUCAGGUCACUGUGACGUUGGAGGGGCCUCGGAGGGCAUCUAGCCCUGGCCCUCAGGCUGGCCUGGAGGAGAGAGGACUGGGCGGGGUGCAGGGUGGCAGUGAUGCCAGGCACUCUCCUGCUUUGGGCCUUGUCUCUAGGGACACUGCCUCCUGGAAGCUGGCAAGAGGUGUCACAGGCACCACUGCUACUGGCUCCUCCACCGAGAACCAAGUGUUCUGGCUGCUGCAGCUGCUUCCUGGGCUGGAGUCAGGGAUGUUUCCCAAAGAGUGAUAGUCUUUUGCUUUUAGCAAAACUCUACUUAAUCCAAUGGGUUUUUCCCUGUACAGUAGAUUUUCCAAAUGUAAUAAACUUUAAUAUAAAGGAGUCCUGUGAACUCUGCUGCCUUGUCCUUCCUGGGCUGCGGUGUGGACGUGUCCAGCCUUUUCCUGAAUGCUGGUGGCUUGGGAAAGGCUGGCUAGAGGCUUUGUUCCUUUGCCUCUCUGGCAGGGAUGGAUUCCUGGUCCAGAGUCCCUCGGGUUGAUCUGAUUUUGUUUUAUUUUGCCUAAAAUUCUUCUGAAAGUCAGCAGGUUGAGCCCAGGCUUUGUAAGGCCUGUCUGAGGCCAGGCUGUCCAAGUGGGACUCUGAACACAGCCUAAAUGGAGGCUGUGGCCUAGGGGGUGUGCAGCUAGAUAGCCCCCCUCCCACACCUUCACAGGACUGAAGGCCCGGCCUUGGGCCCUGCAACAUCCUGCCCUCGAUUACUUAACUCGACAGUGUUGUGGCUGCCCUGUUGGCUGCUCCUAGAGGUGACCUGUCUAUGGCUCAGGGACCAUGGCUGAACUGAGGGAUGUGGCAACUGAUUCUGGACUCUGCUGGAGUGUUUGACUGCAUGUGGCCGGGAGAGGGGCAUGCCCCUUACCAGUGUGGGAUGCUGCCCGAGCCCCCAGCUGGGCCCACUCAUGUGACUGCAAUAAACGGUGCUUGUCCUUGUGGACAGCAGA